AUGAAUGCCGAAGAGAUAAAAGUUGGUUGCUUCCAAGUGGUCAUCGUGUUCCUGCUGGCCAUUAAUUAUGUCAUAGUCGCUAUGAGCCACGCGCUGCCAGUCUUCCACAAUUACACGCCGAAAUUUUAUUGUCAGGAAAGAAAUGGAACGAGACGAACGUACGGUUGUCAAGAACUUGGCAACGUGACCGUUGCAAUCAAUGGGACUUUCGGUCUCAAAGAAUCUGUGGAUUCUGACUUGUGUUUCGGUGAUUAUCAAUUUGCAACCGAGUUCGGGGAAACUAGCGUAGUAACGGAGUGGGGUUUAAUUUGCGAGAAACAAUAUUUAACGUUUCUUGGCCCAACUGUUUAUUGUAUUGGGGUUUUAAUGGGUGCUUGGAUCGCUGGUCUUUUAGCCGAUCGCAUAGGAAGACUUCCGGUUCAGGCGAUUUGUCUUUAUACACAAGGUACAAUGGCCGUAGCAUUAUACGUUGUGCAGAACUACCAGACGUUCCUGGCCUUUCGUGGACUUCAAGGAGUCUUCGUUCAGGGACUACAGAAUUCAACAUACAUUCUUUCUUUGGAAUUGUUUCCUGCGAAAGCCCGGACUUUCGUCGCAUUAGUAAUGCAAAUCGCAUGGGCGAUCGGUUUGGUGCUUUUGGCCGCGCUCAGCUACGUCAUACCUGACUGGAGAAUUUUACAGCUGGCAGUUUCGGUUCCCACAGCGGUCACCGUACUUUAUAUUUGGAUUAUACCAGAAUCGCCAAGAUGGUUACUAGCAAAGGAUAAAACGACAGAAGCAGACAUGGCGGUGGAACGUAUUGCAAAGUACAACGUUUGUUGCGCAAGAUCGCGCAGGGAAAAUGACGCCAAACCUGAAACAAGCGUAACCGAGAACUUGACACCGGUUAAGCCAGAAAGGAAGUCGCGUGUUUCAUGCACGGAUUUGAAGAAAUCGAAAAUCGAUAGCGAUAUGAAAGAGGAAGCUACUAAUUUACUGACCAAUAAUAUGGACGUUGCUCAACAAAAAGUUCAAAAAACAAGUUUGAGGGCAAUUUCAGAAAAUCUAGAAAACAAGUUUUCGAAAACAGAGUUGGCAUCAGAAACUUUUCAGUGCAGAAAUGGAGAAAAGGAAAAGGGAAAUACACCGUCGAGUUCAAAAAGUCAUCGAAAGUCAAAAUCGAUAUCACAGCCGGCCUGUAAUCAACGAUUAUCCAUGAAAAAUGAGUACGAUGUUGUAGAACUAAGAACACCCGCGAAAAAGAAAAUGUUACGCAACAACGAGGAGAUGAUAAGCAGCAAAAUUGAAGAAAAAUCUAGUAAUGUGAAAACGGAACAGGAACUGAAGAAACUAUUUAAGUCCAUACUAAUGAGAAAAUAUGGCAUAACAUUGGUUUGUCAAUGGUUGACUUCUUCUAUGGCGUUUUAUGUUUUCAUGGCACUUGUACCGAAUUUAUCCGUCAACAGGCAUGUUGCUUUCGCACUUGGAGGGGUAUUAGAAAUUGCAACUUAUGUAUUGCUCUAUUUUGUAUUGUCUCGAUACGGCAGACGAGUACCGAUGUCUGUAUAUCAAUGUUUGAGCGGUAUUAUUUGUAUUUUGACGGCCGCUAUCAUCAUUAUGUCGAAGCCCAUGAUCGGAAUCGAUCUCGCGAAAACCAUUCUGUUAUUGCUUGGCAGAGUAACAGUAAUGAGUGUAAUUUCUAUAGUGUAUUUGUAUACAAUAGAGAUAUAUCCAACAGUUGUACGAGGGACCUGUUUAGGCUUGUGCACCAUUUUUGCGAAAAUCGGCAGUUUGUGCACACCGCACGUAUUAUUAUCGGAAAAAUACUUUCCAGUCACCGUUCCAUUAAUAAUCAUCGGAAUGCUUUGCUUAGUGUCUGGAGCACUAGCUCUAAUUUUGCCAGAAACUGAGAGUAAAAUUUUACCUGAUUCAGUAAAUGAUUCAGAGUUACUGGUCGUGAAAAGAAGAGAAAAGAAGAAUAAUGGGAAUUUAAACAAUGAAAACACGCACACAGACGAAGAUCUCUCAGAAAGAGAAAUACUUAGAGCAAAACUCUUCUCAGAAGAUUGGGUGGAUGCUGGAAAUGGUAUAUUAGUAAAUUUUACAGAGAAUAAAAAUUCUGAGUGAAAGAUAGGUAGGAUCUUACAAGAUAAAAAUAGAUACAAAUUUAAUGUUGCAUUCUUGAAAGGACUCAACUAUCUUGAUUACUAAGCAGUGGCGAGACUAGGAGAUGAGAGAGUGUGGAUCGCAUUGGGUAACACCAUCAAAAGAGAACACCAGAAUGACAAUUUACGAAAUUUGUUAAUCCUCGAGUUGAAAUUCUUGUCUUUCUAUUAUCCUUCGCAAUCUGUAUUUUAUUGUUUCAUUUCAUACAGGGUCAAAAUAUUAUUCUCGCGUUGACCUCUUUAACCGAUUAAUUCUACUGGAAGGGUCCAAGAAAGUAACACUAACCC